CACAUACAACCAAUCAAACUCACACAUUCACAGUCUGGACAGAAUGAUCAAUAAGGAGUCGCAGUCUUCAGACCACCUCACAGCAUCCUCACGCAGACGGAUGAUGAUGACAAAAGUAGCAGUAGCUUUGGCCGCCUCCUUUCUUCUGGCCAGUUUAGCGGUCAUCAUUGCCAUAGCAGUUGUUCAAUCUCAUAAGAGGACUUACAUAUCUCCUGGACUAAAGUAUGGUAUUGUGUUGGAUGCAGGCUCCUCCAGGACUACUGUGUAUCUCUAUCAGUGGCCUGCUGAAAAAGAAAACAACACUGGAGUUGUUAGCGAGACCACAAAUUGUCAAGUUCAAGGCCCUGGUAUUUCAGAUCUACUUAUAAAUGAGGCUCAGGACAAGAAAACAUGGACAAGUUUAGAAUCUUGCAUGGCAAACAUAACCAAGACCAUUCCUACCAAUCAGCAUUACUCCACCCCUGUCUUCCUCGGAGCAACAGCAGGGAUGAGACUUUUACACUUGAAAAAUGAAGAGAUGUCCAACACUAUCCUGAAAGACAUGCAGAGGUACCUUAGCUCUCUUCCCUUCAAUUUCCAUAAUGCUUCUAUCAUCUCUGGACAGGAAGAAGGCCUUUAUGGCUGGAUCACUGUCAACUACCUGAUGGGGAACUUCCUGGAGAAAGAUCUGUGGAACGCCUGGGUACAUCCUUAUGGAGCUAGUACAGUCGGUUCUUUGGACUUGGGUGGAGCAUCCACUCAAAUUGCCUUUGCUGUUACUGAUAAUGUCAGAGGAGAAGAUAUUAUUAAGGUUUCGCUCUAUGGCUAUGAAUACAACAUCUACACGCACAGUUUUCUCUGCUAUGGGAAAAAUGAAGCUGAGAAGAGAGUAUUGGCCAAACUUUCAAAGGAUUUCACCAACUGGAAUUAUGUGACGAACCCCUGUUAUCCUGCUGGUUACAAUAUCACCAUACCUGCAGAGGAGAUAUUUGGAAGUGAGUGUACAAAGAGUGAGGCUCCUCCGAGGUAUAGCCCACAGCGAAACAUCACUUUCUUUGGAAAGAGUGAUCCUGAACAGUGCAAAGUCUUGGUCAAGAGCAUCUUUGACCUGACGUCCUGCCGUGGAGUUGAGAACUGCUCGUUUGAAGGAGUAUAUCAACCGCCAGUCAGCGGAGAGUUCAUGGCAUAUGCUGGGUUCUACUGGACCGCCUGGGCUCUUACUGUGAAUGGUUCCAAGAGUAUGGAGACAUUUAACAACAACAUGAAGAUUUUCUGCUCGAAGGACUGGAAAAAUCUCAAACAAACCUCAAACAUCAAAGAAAACCAUCUGAAGUCUUACUGCUACUCAGCAAACUAUGUGCACACUAUUCUGGCAGAUGGAUAUAAGUUUAACACAGAAAACUGGAAAAAUCUAAAUUUUCAGCAAAAGGUGAAUAAGACCAGUAUAGCCUGGUCUCUGGGCUACAUGCUUGCACAGUCCAACAUGAUCCCAGCAGAAGGAAAAAUCCUCAAGCUACCCAUAAACAAUGUUCUGUUCACUGGACUUCUUCUCAUGUUCUCUGCUCUGACUAUUAUUACCCUUACCUACCUCGUCAUUGCACUGGUGCGCUUUCUUUUUUGAGGAUUUUUGUACUGAGCUCUCGCCAGUAGGUCCCAUUUAGGGAGGUUUUGUUAGUCAGGAGAGAUCCUGAUGUGUCACUGCAGAUCUGCUUGUUACAGGAGGAUUUAACAUUUGUGGAACCUCAAGCUACUGUUUUAAAGGUACAGCUGGAUAGAGGUUUUAAAGGUUGAGAAGAUACCUGGAUAUUGUUCAGUGUAUUGUGGAAUUAAGCAGAUGUUAUAACCCAUAAUAAAUUUUAUUCAAAAGAGCAAAAUAUCGAUCCACAAAAGAGAGUGUACAAGUCUUUCUAGUCAGGCCAUAGCAAGCUCUUAUACUGUGGAUUUGAAUGAAGACAUUGCAGAGUAACCCACUGUAGCUUAUAUAAAAUGUAUCUACUAUGGUCAUGGCAAUGUUAUGACUGUGUAUUGCAUCUGCUGUUUGUCUCACUGCAUUGCAUCAUGCCUUAUGUAUUUUAUGUAUCUAUUUCUGCAUGUGCUCUUUGGCGCACAUUGUCUUUGGAUGAAACAUGUAAUAAUAAUCUAAAUAAAUGUUAUAGUUGUUAAGUGAAAGUGCAAAUAGGGUGAAGGUACAGUUUACAACCAAAAAGAACAUUAUAUUUUAUAUUCAAUGUGUUUUGAGUGUACAUUAUGUGUUAUAAAGUUAAAGAUAACACUUCAUAAUCCAUUUAACUGUUAACAGAUAUUACAUAGUGAUGAUUUAUUAAGCAUUAUACAUGUAUUAAUGUUUGUUAAUGUUAUUAAAGUUCA